AUGGGUUAUGCUCAACUUUUUAUUGGUCCUACUACUAGUAGUGGCAAGUCAACUUAUUGCUCUAGCUUAUAUCAACACAUUGAUAUUAUUCGGGAAGUUUUUAAUCUUGAUCUUGCUGCAAAAUAUUUUGAUAAUCCAGUUGCUAUGGAUAUAAGGGAACUUAUUUCCUUGGAUGAUGUUAUGGAGGAACUUGGCCUGGGCCGUAAUGGUGGCCUUAUUUACUGCAUGGAGUAUCCUUUUAGUAAUCUUGAUGAUUGGUUGGCAGAAGAACUGGAUAACUAUUUGGAUGAUGACUAUCUUGUUUUUUAUUGCCCAGAUGUACGGGCUCAUGUUCCUAGAAUGACUCUAGAUGAGCUUUUUGAGCAGAAGAAUGAUGUGGCACAGGCCGUCUUGGAGGAACUUAAAAAGUUACUUACUGAUGCUCUUGGUUUGUUAUAUGGUCAAGUGUGUUCAUUUCAAUGCAUAUGA